AUGACGGUUGGACAGACAGAACAUUCCAGUGCAACUUUGAAGGAAGACACUGGAACUAUGGAGACACGUCCAUCUGACUCAAGUGCCAGGGAUGGUGUAGAUGCGGAGAAGGAGGAUGCUCAUACAGUUAAUCAGUUGGAAGAAGACGCAGAGGACGUUGACCAUGCAUCUGAGCCACAAUCUUAUGAUCUGGGUUUUAAAAAGGUUUUUAAAUUUGUUGGAUUCAGAUUCACAGUAAAGAAGGAAAAGACAGGAAAAUCGGAGCCAGUUCAACUCCUUACCGUAAAAAAAGAAACAGAAGUCCUUGAAGGAGCUGAUGAUCAAAAAGAAGUCAGCUCAGAAGAAACAGCAGUGCCUGAGGAUGCACGCUCUGCAGAAGAUAACACCAAAGACACACUGAAAAAUGAAAAAACGGAAGAUGAAUCUCCUAAAACACCAGAAGCAAAUGAGAUUUGUUCUCAGUCAGCUGCCUUAGCCACUGAUACUGCAUCACCCUUAAGAAAAUUUUUUACUCAGGGAUGGACUGGGUUUAGAAAAAAGAAGAGCUUUAGAAAGCCUAAGGAAGAUGAACUACAGUCUCCUACAAAAGAAGAGGAGCAAGAAAAAGAGGGAGCAACAUUAAAAACUGAAACCAGUGAAAAGGAGGAGAAAUCUGAGUUUGAGAAGCAAGGUGAAGAGAAGAAUGUGACGGCAGUAACUAUUGAAGUGCAUGAGAAGGAGCAAACUGAAGGUGAAAAACAAGCACCAAAAAAGAUUGUGGCAGCCAUAGGAGUUGAAGGAUGUGAGAAGGAAGAGCUAAUCAAGCAUGGUGAUCAGGGACAAAAAGAGGGUGUAGAGGCAGCAGCUGUUAAAGAAAGUGUGAAGGAGAAAAAAUCUGAAGAUGAUAAUGAAGAAAGGAAACUGUUGGAAGUGUCAGAAGAUCUUGGUAAAAAGGAAGGAAAAACUGAAGAGAAAGAAAGUGAGGUGACAGAGAAACCGCUAAAAGCAGAGUCUGUGGUACCUGUUAUCAAUGCUAGUGUGAAUGGAGAAUUGGAAACAUCCUCAGAACUACCUGAGGUAGAAGAAACAGAGUCACUUGGAGUCAAGCAUGAAAUACAGGAGAGAGCUGAAAUAUCCUCUGAAGAGAAACUUGAAGCAGGAUCUUUGGCAAUUAAAAUUUCUGGUGAACAGCUUAAAAAAUCUGAAGGAAGGGAAGAAAGUAAACCUGCUCCACUGGCGAAAGAAGUAUUUGAUGAAAAAACAGAGGAAGCAGAAUUGAAAAUUUCACCUACAUCAGAAGGCAUCAGUGGAAAGUUAGACACACAAGGAGAAGCUCAAGAUAAAACCACAGAGAAGAAAGAAAGUGAAGAACAUGAGACUGAACGUUCAGUUGACACAGAGGAUGAUCAGCAGUCAAUCAAGCCCAUUGAUGCAAGUCUACAGGGAAAAACUGGCAUAGUUACAACUGAGCCUGUCAAAGCAGAUGAAGUAACCUCAGAAAUAGCUCCUGAAGAAGCAGCUGGAAAGAGGCCUCCAGAAGGUAUCACAAAUGAAGCUGAACUACUGUCUUCUCAAGAAAAAACUAAAAUACAAGGCAGCCCUUUAAAGAAGCUCUUUACAGGUACUGGAUUAAAAAAACUGUCUGGAAAGAAGCAUAAAGGCAAAAGAGAAGAAUCUAAGUUAGGAGAACAGGGAGAACCCAUUCAGCACUUAUCAGAUUCCCCAGAUAGCCCAGAGGAACAAAAGGGGGAGAGUUCUGCUUCUUCUCCUGAGGAGACAAAUGAAAUUCCUUCUUUAGAAAAAUCUGUAGAUGGAGUACAGGUCACUGAAAAUGAAGAUUCUGCAGUUUCAGAUGUGGAGCGAAAAAGAGAAAGUGUUACACCCUGGGCAUCAUUUAAAAAGAUGGUAACUCCCAAGAAACGUGUCAGAAGACCUUCUGAAAGUGAUAAAGAAGAAGAAGUUGAUAAGACAAAGAGUGCUUCCGUGACUGCAACUGAAAACACUGUUGAUGAAAAUCAGGGAGAAUUAAAAGAAAAUGGAAUUGACCAGAAACCAGAGAAAGCCCCAGAAGAGCCCAAAAGAAAGGUUGACACCUCUGUGUCCUGGGAAGCUUUUAUAUGUGUAGGUUCUUCAAAGAAAAGAGCGAGGAAAUCGUCAUCAUCUGAUGAAGAAACUGAACACAAGCUUGGUCAGGAAAGCCAAAAAGUAGAAGAAUCUGGACACAGCAAAGAAGCGACAACAGAUGCACUUCUUACUAGCUCUCAGGAGAGUGAUCAGGGACAAGGGAAUUCUUCCCCAGAACAAGCUGGAAGCCCAUCUGAGGGUGAAGGAAUUUCAACGUGGGAAUCAUUUAAAAGGCUAGUCACUCCAAGAAGGAAAUCCAAAACCAGAAUGGAAGAGAGAACUGAAGACUCUGUUGCGGGAUCUAGCCUGGAGCAUUCAACAUCUGAUGGUGAGCCUGGAAAAGAUGAGUCUUGGGUUCCAUUUAGAAAACUGAUGACUGGACGGAGGAAGAAAAAGUCAGAUGGGAAGCUAGAACCAACUAAUCUUAAACAAGCACGGGAAGACAUGGCAGAAACAACUGAAGAAGAUUCAGAUGUUCCAGCUGUUGUUCCUUUAUCUGAAUACGAAGCAGCAGAGCAGGAUAAAAUAGAAGCCCAAGAAGCAAAAAAUACUGAAGCGAUGAGAGAGCAAGCCUCAGAGCAAGAGAGAGCAGAAAAAGUAGAGGAGACUCUAAGAAUUGAGCAGGCGCAUGAAGGGCUGGUGCAUGCAGUUACUGUUACUGUUGUGGAAGGGGAAAGGGCGGUUACUAGUAUUGAAGAAAGGUCACCAUCUUGGAUAUCUGCUGCUCUGACAGAGUGCAUUGAGCAAGCAACAGAGGAGGAAGAGAAAGAAACUGAGAAAACGUUUGGAUCGGAUGUUAUUGUGGAAGAAGAAGUGGUGGCUGCUAAGACAGUGCCAGACACGAGAAAAGAUUUAAGUGAUGACACCACAGCAAGUGAGUUAGAGCCAACCUCAGAAGCAGUGACAGCUCUGGAAGAGACUGCAGAAGCUUCUGGUGCUGAAGAAACAAUAGAAGUGUCCCUUGCUGAGGAGACAACUGAGAUGGUUUCUGCUGUUUCACAGUUGAUAGAAACUCCAGAUACUACAGAGGAAGUUACACCUGUCCAAGAAGUAGAGGCCACUGAACAAAACUUGAAAGAAUUGGAUAAACAGACACAACAAGUUCUUCACGAAGUUGCUGAAAGAGUAAAGUCAGUAGAUACAGCCCAGCUGGUUAGUGACAGAACCACGACGGCAACUGUAAUUACAACAGUGCAAGGAAUUGGGUCAGAAGUGAAAGAUGAUGCUAAAGGAGGAGAAAUUUUAGUCCAGGAAACUGUUUUGCCUGAACAGUCAUUGAAAAAAGAACAUAAGGAGGAUGACCUCCAGCCCCUGGGAGUUGCAGGAAGCAUUCAAGGCCAAGCCGGAGUUGAAGAGAGUGUCCUACAAGAAAGUUCAGAGAGAAGUGAAAUACUUGCUGCAACGGAGGAAAGCACAGAAGGACGUGAAAACGUGGGUAUUGUAAGAGAUGAAAGUCAGUGGAAGGUACGUGAAGAACCAGUUAUAGAAGACCGUGAAGAAAUAUCUGAAGCUCAGAGGACAGUAGAGGAACCUUCAUCACGAGACUUUAACAUAAUCAAAGCAGUCACUCCCAAGGAAGAGCUGUUGGCAAAGCAGGAGCCUUCAGAACAAGAGAAGCUGCCCACAACAGACUUGACAGUAGAUGAGACAAGAGAUGAAUGUAUUUCAGAAGUGCAGGCUGCAGUGCAGGACAAGACAGAAAGAGAAACCUCUACCUUGGGCCUUACAGCUGAAGAGUCUGUGCAGCUUGCAAGAGAAGACAAAAUCCUCACUGUGGGACCAGAGUGCACAGAAGCAGCUGAAACUGUGAUUCUUGCUAAGUCUGAAAGACAAGAUGAAAUUCCUCACUUAGACUCACAAGAGCAAUCUUGUGCUAAAGGAGUUCCUAGCAGGGCACCAGCCCAGAGAGAGGAAGAGGAAGAAGACACUGUGCUUCAUGGAGUUAAAAGCACAGAAAUUGCUAUUUCUGAGGUUCCUCUGCAGAAUGAGGUAGAAACCCCUGCCCUUCCUUCAGAAACAAUUGGCUCAGAAGCAGCUGCAGAUGCUGAGCAGAGUGUGAGGGAUGAGGCUGACAGGCAGAUUAUAGCAAAAGAUUCUGUGCUUAUGCUACAGCCACAAAGAGCAGAAAAAACUACUGAAACCCCCUCCCAGAGUGAUGAAACCCAAGGUGGCAAAAUGGAAGAUGCUCUGCUCGAAACUGAAACACACUUACAGAGCAAUACCGUGAUCAGUGAGGCUCCCACACAGGUUGAAGCAGACAGCAUAUCUAAUUUAGCAUCAACAAGCCCAGAUAUCACUGAAAAUGGAAGCACUGUCCUCACUGACAUAAGUCCUAAGGCAUGUGAAACACUAAGCAGCCUAGUUGAAGAAGCGACUGCAGAAAAAGAACAAGAACUGGUAGAAACUUCCAACUGUCAAUACUUUCAAAAAGAAGAAAACAAAAAUGAGCAGCCAUUGGAAGGAGCUGAAGACAUAUUUGAAUCUGGAAAUCAUGAAGCUGUGAGAGGUGAUGAAUAUUCAUCUGCUGUCCAACAAGAAGUUUUAACUGUGCAAGAGGAGGGCUCUGACUCAGCCUUCCUACAAGCUGAAAGCUUGGAGGGUCUGAAAGCGCCUGUGCUUGUAGCAGCUGCAGCAGUUGAAGAGCAUGUCAUGGCAGAAACCAUAACACCUGCAGACAAAACAGCUGAAACCGCACAGCCCUUGGCAACCACACCAGAGCAAAUGACUUCUGAAGAGGUCCCAGUUACUACUGUUGAGUAUUCAGACUGUGGGACUACAGAGCUUCAAAGUGCAGGAGCACCUGAGCCUCAAGUGACUUCUGCUUCCAUGAAUGGAAUAUCAGAAGAACCAGAAAGGCCCCAAAGUACAGGGCAAAAUGAACAAAAUGGUAUUGCUCUAAGUGACAGUCUGUCUGCCACCCACAUAGAAUUUGAGAAGGAUGUGACUAUAGAGUCCCAGAGUACAAAAAUUGUAUUGAAUGCCAUCCAGACAGCUGUUGACAAACUUGCAGAGACAGAAGAGUCAGCUGCCUUUGAGUCAGAGCAGCGCAUGAAGUCCAUAGGGAAAAGCCCAUCAGAUGCAAACACACCUGAGCUGCUGGAAAGUACACAGAUAGAUCAUCAACUUCCAAUAAAACAGAAAGAGAUGCAGAGUAAAGAACAAGAGCUCCAGCAAUCAGGAAUAGUGAAAACUGCUACUUUAACAGAGUCUGCAGGAAUUCAUGCAAUUGUAGAAAAAAUGAAAGAUGUGCUGUUAACUUCUGAGAUGCUGCAAGAUGGACAGAGUCAGAAUUCUUUAACAAUUGUGACUAGCCCUGAAGACAUUUCAAAGGAAGGUGUGAGACUUCAGAAAACAACACUAGAACUAAGUGCUUCAGAAGAUUCAACCAAAGACCCCCUAGACACACACCUACCAAUAUUAAGGGAAAAAGAGGUUGGGCGGAUUAUGGAAGUCCCAGGCCAACAUACGGAUCAGCAAACAUGCAGAGAAAGUGAGGAAGAGCAGCAUCAGCUGCUAGUGGAAGAUGGGAAAACACAGACAUGGGAGGAUGGUGGUUGCCAAGACGAAGCAUCUUGUGAUAGUCCACAAAGUCAGAAUGCAGUGGCUUCUGAGGCCUUGAAUCAGAUGAAACUCAGGGAAGACAGUGGCAUCGUGGCUCCCGAGACACACUUUUUGCUACGCUUCAGUCUCAAAAUAACUCGGGCCGGUGGGAAAGAUGACGCACUCCCCCAGUCAGUCCAGCGUUCAGCAGAACCGCGGUGCUCAGUCAAGCGGGAGGACACAAUUUCUGGGCAAUGCCAGGAGCGGGCGCGGCGUGGGGCGAGCGCACGGAGCUGCCCGGACACCCAGCACCGGGAGGGCACGUCCCUGCGCUCCCAGAGCUGA